AUUCCUAAAAGUUGAAGAUAUGAGCUUUAUUUACGAAAUUUAGUGCUUAGUAAUUCAAAUCAUUAAUAAUAACUCACGAAGUCAAACCUUUUUCGCGAAAAGAGUACAUAAAAGAAAAAAAAUGGUGGGGUUAGACUCUGAGAUUAACCGGGAUGACGAAUGUGAUAAUAUUGGGCUGGGAUGUGCACUCGAAUACUUUUCAGAGGUCGAGGAUGUGAUGAACAUGAUUGAUAAUGUAAAAAAUGUUUAUAACACCUCUGCUUUUGAAGUGGAGUACGAUAAACUUUACACAAUACUUAAACAGUAUUAUGAACAACCACAUCUGUUGGAUCCACAUUUAGACAAAAUUCUAUCGAAAUUUUUGUUACUUAUCAAAGAUAAAGAUUCCCCUUUCGAACUGAAACAUGCAACUUUUAAUUACAUGUACCAAAUCAUAAGAGUUCGAGGCUAUAAGGUGGUUGUUAGACAUCUUCCACAUGAAGUGUCUGAUUUGCUGACUGUAUUGGUAUUUUUGGAAGCUCAAAAUCCUGAUGAUAAGGAAACAUGGAGAAGCAGAUUUGUCUUACUGUUAUGGUUGUCAAUUGUUGUUAUUAUUCCAUUUCAUAUGAGUCGCCUAGAUGGAUUCGCUCCUGGACAACCAGAAGCAGGCACUUCGAAAAAAUUAACAGUCAUGGAAAGAAUCUUUAAUAUUUGUAAAACAUAUGCACUUAGCAAAGAUUCAUGUGCUGAAGCCAGUGCUUAUUUAGCCUCUAAAUUUUUUACAAGGUCAGAUGUGAAAGAAUUAUAUAUGGGUGCAUUCUUUGAUUGGGCCUGUGAGCUGAAUUCAAAUUUAAAUGAAGAGAACACUAUACACUACGGGGUUUUAGCUGCUGUUGCAGCUGUUCUGAAGCACGGGAAAAGAGAUGAUUUACUACCAUAUGCACCUAAAUUACUUGAAUGGGUUACGAACCAAAACUAUAAGCAUCAUAAUGCUAUGCUUGUUAGAAAAUAUGGAGUUAAAAUUGUCCAAAGAAUUGGUUUAACAUUUCUGCGUCCAAGAGUAGCUGCCUGGCGGUACACUCGUGGUUCAAGGUCUUUAGCGGUUACUUUAGGUGGAGCAGCGGCAGCUGGCGAUACGGAAACGAUUACUACUCCUCCUGACGAUGAUGAUGAUCAAGACAUUCCUCAAGAGGUUGAAGAUGUAGUAGAACUAUUAUUGUGUUCACUAAGUGAUGACGAUACAGUAGUUCGUUGGUCGGCCGCGAAAGGAGUGGGGAGAAUCGGUGCACGUUUACCUGCGAUAGCCGCUGCUGAUGUAUGCGAAAGUGUGUUAGGACUGUUUGCAGAAAAUGAACGUGAAACUGCCUGGCAUGGUGGGUGUAUGGCACUGGCUGAACUAGCACGGCGCGGUCUCUUGUCUCCGAGGCAAGUGGGGGCCGGCAUGGCGGGGGUAGUGCGUGCGCUGCGCAGGGACGAGCCGCGCGCGGGUGGCGUGGGGGCGGGGGGCGGCGGGCGGGCGGCCCGGGACGCAGCGUGUCACGCCGCCUGGGCCUUCGCGCGGGCAUACGACGCCGCCGCGCUCAAACCCUAUGCCGACAUGCUCGCCAACGCACUCAUAGCGACAGCUUGUUUUGAUCGAGAGAUCAAUUGCCGUCGAGCUGCAUCGGCGGCGUAUCAAGAAAAUGUGGGACGUCAUGGUAUGUUCCCGCACGGCAUCAAUGUGCUCACUACUGCUGACUUUCAAUCUGUGGGACCUAGGAACAAUGCUUAUCUUGUAAUAGCCCCACAGAUCGCUGAAUAUCCGGAGUACACACAGCCAUUGGUCGAUCAUCUGGUGGAGCUGAAAGUCGAUCAUUGGGACUGUGCCAUACGCGAACUUGCCGCCAAGGCAUUGAACAAACUAACGAUUAAGCUUCCGGAAUACAUGGCAGUGACAGUUUUACCAAAACUAUUAAAAAAGACGGAGUCUAUCGAUUUGAACGUACGACACGGAGCUAUACUGGCCAUAGGUGAAACUAUAUACGCAUUGUCACAAACAAAAUUGCCCAAUGGUAAAACAGCAGACAGCUUAAUAUCCGAGGACAUCUCGACAUCAGUACGUGAGCUGGUGGCGCGGUUGAGGUCCCGCCAGCAGUUCCGCGGUCUCGGAGGGGAACUGAUGCGGCAGGCUUGCUGCAACUGUAUAGCGUCGCUUUCGUUGGCCGCCGCACCUUACCACGGACACCCUAUUAUAGAUGAAUGGCUAAAUUUAAUUGAAGAAUGUCUAGCUCACGAAGUGCUAGCCAUAAGAGAGAAAGCAAUAAAAGCUCUGCCAUUGGUUUUCGAUCAGUAUCUUCGAGACGACCAAUUGGUGUAUGGUGAUAUGACAGCGAAAGAAAAACGCACUAAACUUAUGGAGAAGUACUGCGAGCAACUUAGGAACAGUGGAGUCAAUGGACUUGUGCUGAGAAUGGGAUACUCGCGAGCUGUUGGUGCUUUACCUAAGUUUUUGCUGACCGAACAUCUCCCGAUGGUCAUUCGUUCGCUGAUCGAAUGCACGAAAGUGACGGAAGCGACGCAGAAGUGGGCGGAGGCGCGUCGCGACGCCGUCAUAGGGCUGACCGAAGUGUGCCAGACGCAGGGGGUGCGGGGGGGCAUCGAGGAACACGUGGACGAUGUCGUGGCUGCACUCUUGGAGUGCUUAGCUGAAUACACUAUAGAUAUGAGGGGCGAUAUUGGCGCUUGGGUUCGGGAAGCCAGUAUGUCAGGUCUACUCGCGAUAUGUCGACAGUGUGCCGAAGAAGCCCCGCAGUUGAACUCUCCACAAAUUAUCAGAGACGUGAUGUGUGGCGUCGCGCAGCAAGCCGUCGAGAAAAUUGACCGAACCAGAGCCCACGCGGGACGGAUAUUCACAUCUCUCAUAUACAACGAUCCUCCGAUCUCGAACAUUCCGCAUCACGAAGCAUUGAAACGCAUAUUUCCGUCCGAAGAAGUCGAGCUGAAGCCGCAUCCUAAAGAUAUUGACGAUGAAAAAGAUCUGUUGACAAGCGAAAACUCAAACGUGGUGCUCUGGUUGUUCCCUGGACACACAAUGCCUAGAUUUGUUCAGCUAUUGAACUAUCCAGAUUACAGGUACAGUGUGAUAAAAGGACUGGUUGUCAGCGCCGGAGAGCUGACCGAGAGCUUGGUAAAACACACAACACAAUCUCUAUAUACGUAUCUGAACACGCUGCAUUCGGACAAGGAAAUGCUAAAGUCUAUUUGCGAGACGAUCAUCAAAGUUUUUGCCGAUAAUUUGCAUGUGAAACGCAUCACGGGACCGAUGUUCAACUUUUUGGAUCGAUUAUUGAGUUCAGGUUCCAUAUCUCCUAUCCUGGAAGAUCCACAGUCGACUUUCGCGAUGGACGUUCUCAAACAUCUGCAGUUGGAAUUACGAGGGGGCAAAAACAUAUACAAGCUGCUAGAUUCCAUAAAUGUCCUUUGUCAAUUAAUUCAGGUCGGAGGCGGCGUCUGCAGCAAGUCCCUGGGUCAGCUCGUCAUCUACCUGUGCUACGCGGACCGCUACGUGCGGCGGUGCGCGGCCGCCAGGCUCUACGAGGCGCUCACGCUCUACGGAGACGUGUGCUCCGUGCCGCAAGACAACAUAGACCAGGUGAUGUCCGUACUCGCUGAAACCGAUUGGGAGCAAGACGUUUCCAAACUGAGGCCCAUAAGGAACGAACUCUGCGAUCUGAUGGACAUCAAACGUCCCGUGAUGAAGCAAAAAUAACGUACAAUAAAGUGUUACUAUUUUAUUUAAAAUAUCAUUGACUGAAGAAGCGAGUAUUAUGUUCAUGACUUAUUAGUUGAGAAAGCGUUUUUUUUAUUAAACUUAACACUGUCGCGAAAUUAUCACUAUUAAUUGUUUAAUGAUACUUCCUAGAUGUGCUUUAUGAUGUGAUUUCCCUAGUAGGUUUAAAGCGGUCAUUGUUAGACUCUUAGAACUUGGUGUGCCAACAAAUCUCAAUAGUACCGAAAUUGUCAUCGAAAAUAAUGAGUUUUAUUAAAACAAAGGCUGAGAAUCGUAGAAGAUGCAUUCAUAGAUUGGAUCGUUUCAUUUCCUUGUAUCCAUAAAGUAUGUAUAAAGCAUUAGAGAAAUAUUAAACUAGAUGGUGUUGUCAGUUUUAAAAUACAAAUAUAUUUGAAACUUAAAAAUUUAAGAGUUACACUGCGAUAAUUUUCUUAUUGAUUAAGGUAAAAUUGUUGUUAGAUUAGUUAAUGAUCUUGAAGUGUUUAAUCUAGAGGUUUCACAAAACAAAUUGGGGAACGCAGUUAAUAAAUUAUCUUUAAAUAAUCUAUGUUUGAGAACAAAAUCCAAAGAAGCAGUCUUAAGUAUCAUCAGCAUUUUCUCCUUUCCGUUUCGAUCCGUCGAUAAAACGAAUUAUUCGCCCGUUUCUAAGUUAUGUCUGCAGGGUGAUGAAAUAUCUAGGGAGUAAGCACUCGAAGCGUAAUGAUUCUCGUUAAAAGAGAUUUUUUUAAAUAAAUUUAACUAAAUUAGUAGCUCUUACCUUUAAUAUGAUUUUACUUUAUGAAAUGAAACAUUACGGAGAGAGCAUUGGUUUGAAACGAAAGACAUUUUGUAAAAUUUCGGACUUUUUUUUGGAAAAUGAAGAUAUCUUUGUGAAAAACAUUUAUCAUAAAGCCGUGUGAAAUAAUCGCUAUUAUAACUACUGUAACAUUGAAUGUAAAUGACCUUCUUACAUAAGCAAUACGGAAUUAAAACUUAUUACGAACCUGCUCGCUAAUUAGCUUAUCUCUGACACGCUUUAUAGUCUUAAUAAAAUUAGUUUAUAAAUGUUAAUUACAAAAAUAUGAUGUAAAAUAUUAAAAAAUAACACGUGCUUUAACUGUAUUUAUCUAGAAGAUUCUCAUUUUUUUUUAUAAAUUGGAUGUGAAGAAAUGCAUUUAUUUUAUUUACUAUGUGCUGAAA